UGGUCACAUCCCACGCCUUAAACAAACGAGAAUCCCCUCGAGCCGCUCCUUGUUCCGCAAGUAAAAGAGAAGUAAACCUUCUCGACAACACGUCGCCGCCUCUGCCAGUUCCCAGUCCCUCCUCCGCAACCGACUCUUGUUCGAUCUCGAAGUCCUUUAUAACUCCCUCGAAGCGGCUCCGAUCACACCGGGAACCCUUUACCUCCUUUGACCAGACUGCGCGGACCAAAACCACAGCGCCAGCCAUUACUUCCUGCCAGUAUGGCUUCUACAUCAGCGGCUGCUGUGUUGCUCGGCAGACAGUUGAAACAAAUGCAGUCAGACAAAGAUAUACCAGGCAUCAGCUGCGGGCUCGUGGAUAACAACGUUUUCGAAUGGGAAGUCAUGCUCAUGAUCAAUGACGACUGUAAAUACUACGGCGGAGGAUUCUUUCGUGCCCGCUUGUCCUUCCCUCUAGAAUACCCUCUGAUGCCUCCCAAAAUGAAGUUCGAAACUCCAAUAUUCCACCCUAAUGUCUACCCGACUGGAGAGGUUUGUAUAUCCAUCCUUCACCCUCCAGAGGAUGACCAAUAUGGAUACGAGUCUGCAGCAGAGCGAUGGAGUCCCGUACAAAGUCCCGAGACAAUCCUGAUAUCUGUCAUCAGUAUGUUGAGUUCCCCGAACGACGAGUCUCCCGCGAAUGUGGAUGCAGCCAAGAUGUGGAGGGAAGAUCCCAAAGGUUUCCGCAGAAAGUGUCAGCGACUCGUGAGGGAAAGCUUAGGGGACGAAUAAGUGCUGAACGCGGGGGGAGAAAGUGGAAUCUUCUGGAGCAGUAUGGGAUUGCAUAGCGUAACGGGAUGGUAACACCUGGAACUGUUGUAUCAGUAUCCAAAUUAUUGCAAUACGGGCUAUCGAUUUGCUGCGGGAGUUCUGCGCCUGGUGUCGGCGGCGUCGACUUGUGCCCUUGAGGAUGAGGAUAUGAUUUGCAUUGCAACAAACAUGAAGGAGCGAUAUCGUGUCCAAACGAAUGACCUGCUUUGGGGUUCGUGGAGGAGCUGCUCUAUGCCGUUCAGUCGUGGCAAGCGACGGGAACGUCAAACACUCCCAUCUCCUAAACACAGAGAUUGAUAUGGUGUGUGCUCGCACUUCUCCAUAGCGAAAUGACCGUGCAGCACAGGAGGAACCCAGGACUGUCAGCACCUUGUUUCAUUUCAUGUGGGUUUCACCCUCACUGGUGCAGCAUGUCAUGACAGGCCCAAACUGAGGCAGGAGGGAGAACAAAGCGUCCACACCAGAGGCAAAUGAAUACCUGGGUACAUUGCCAUCCACAUACAGGAAGGACUCGGCGAGUUGUCACGCCGGUUGUGCAGAGAACAUCUCGUACAUAAGAAUACCUGUAGCUCAAGAAGUGUACCCAUGAA